AUGGCAAAAGCUCUACAACAGGCCCCUUGGUUUAUUAAUGGACAUUAUCUCUCUGUUCGAAGGUGGGGGCCUAAUUUUGUUUCUAGCAAAGCUAAAGAAGUCUACUCAGCUGUCUGGGUUCACCUUCCACAGUUACCCACAGAGUUCUAUGAUGGAAUAGUGCUUGGAAGGAUUGGAAACUCAAUUGGCAAGCUGCUACGCGUAGAUGCUUGUACAAGCUCAACAAUCAGAGGAAGAUAUGCGAGACUAUGUGUGCAAGUACCACUAGACCAGCCGGUCCAAACGGCAAUUCAAAUUGGCUCUCAUAUACAACAACUACUGUAUGAAGGUGAGAAUUUUUUAUGUAAGGCCUGUGGUAGACUGGGUCACAAAGCACCAUCAUGCUCCUACCCUACAAUAGACACACUGAAGCACACACAAGAAGGCCCCUGGGUCAUCUCCUCCAACUCCACAGACAAGGGGAAAGCAGUUGAGGAUCAAUGGCAAACAGUGUCAUUUCCCAAAGGGAACAAACACAAACGAUACACUGCCAAUUCACCAAAGGUCAAAAUUCAAGAAACACCACCAGGUAUCAAUGUCAAUAUAUUUGAUGUAACAUCAGGGGGCCGCAGGUGCGAUGACCGUAGAAGCGAGAUCAAUGCCGCAGAUGCGGCCACAGGUGAAGGCAGCAGAGACGGCAGAAGCGGGAGUAUGCAAGGUUAG